AUGACCGUGAUCAUUGCCUCGCUCUUUCUGCCCUUCACAGUGAACUUUCAUGUGAACAAAGGUCGCAACAGCGUCGCCUCUCAAGUGACCCCUCCGGCACCAGCAGCCUCCAGUGCUGUAGCGGAUACAGCAACCUCUUCUCCAAGCGCACCUGCCAGUCUUUUCGAGAGUAGCAAUGGUAAUCUCAACUCGGCGCUCACGCCAGGUGCGACCACUGACCAUGAGAGUAUCUUUGCCCAUGCGAUGGCCAAGGCCGACGACAAACAGUCAGGCUACCCAUUUCCACCAACAUCCACCCCUCCAACGGAAAACCCCCUUCUUACAGAGAGCGAGGCCCAUUCACCAGCUUGGGGCUCAACUAAUGCGCUCACACAACCGAAGGCCAAACCCCUCGCAUCGCCGUCUCCGUCAAUUCUUAAGCACGCAGAUCCCGUUGUACUGGCCAAGGGAACGACCUUACCGAAGAUCCCGGAGACAGAACAGCCUGCACCAUAUUUUGGAAUCAAAAAACAUGGCUCAGUUAGUCGAAAAAUGUCCGUCUAUCGGAAAAUGUCCUUUUCCCGGGCGGAUUGGACUGUCCAAACAGCAGAGCAAGGUAAUGGCGGACUGCGCAAUGCAGUUCGCUCUGCCAAAGAUGCUGGAUAUCUCGACGAGAUGAUAUGGGUUGGCACCUUGGGUAUGCCUACUGAUGCGUUGGCGGAUCACACACGUCGUGAGAUUGCAGAGAGACUAGAGGAUGAGUACGGCUCAUUGACUGUGUUUGUGGAUGACGGAGACUUCGAUGGCCAUUACACCCAUUUUUGUAAGACCAUUCUAUGGCCUGUCUUUCAUUACCAAAUUCCAGACAACCCGAAGAGCAAAGCUUAUGAAGACCACUCCUGGAUCUACUAUGUGAAGCUCAACCAGGCAUUUGCGGAUCGAAUUGCAGCGAGUUGGAAGCGAGGUGAUUCCAUAUGGAUUGAAGACUAUCAUUUGCUGCUUGUUCCAGCUAUGUUGCGGAAGCUGCUUCCUGAUGCCCAGAUUGGAUUUUUCUUGCAUAUUGCUUUCCCAUCAUCCGAGGUGUUCAAGUGCUUGGCUCCGCGCAAGGAGCUGCUUGAGGGCGUCUUGGGUGCCAACUUAAUCGGCUUCCAGACUUCUGAAUAUUGUCGACACUUCUUGCAAACCUGCAGUCGCAUUUUAUGCGUAGAGGCUACCAAUGAGGGGAUCCAGAUGGAGGAUCGUUUUAUCAACGUAGGGACAUUCCCGAUUGGUAUUGAUCCGACUUCUUGGGACAAGCGGCGCCGAACGGAAGAUGUAGAGCAAUGGGUCGAUAUUAUCUCUGAGCGAUACCAGGGUAAGCGACUGAUCGUCUCUCGCGACAAGAUCGACUCUGUUCGGGGCAUUCGUCAAAAGCUACUGAGCUAUGAACUAUUCCUCAACACCUAUCCGGAAUGGGCAGAGAAGGUAGUUCUGAUUCAGGUUGCCACUAGCACUACGGAACAGUUAGAGCUAGAAGCCACCAUAUCUGACAUUGCUAUGCGAAUCAACUCCUCCCACUCGACUUUGGCUCAUCAGCCAUUGGUGUUUUUGAAACAAGACCUUGCAUUUUCUCAGUAUCUCGCUCUUAUUACGGUGGCGGAUGCUUUGAUGAUAACCAGUCUUCGUGAAGGCAUGAAUCUAACCAGCCAUGAAUUUGUGUAUUGUCAAGACGGUAGUUAUGGGGACAAAAAGUAUGGCUCACUGAUUCUCAGUGAGUUCACCGGCAGUGCAUCAGUCUUUGGAAACCAUGCUCUACUGGUAAACCCAUGGGACUACCGACAAUGUUCAGAAGCGAUUCAUACCGCGUUGACUCGUGGUGAGAAGGAGCGGAAAGAAGUAUGGGAUCAACUCCAUAAGGCAGUUUUGCAAAACUCCACUGCCAACUGGGUGAAAUCAUUCAAUGAAACCUUAACACGCGUCUGGAAUGAACAGUCUGCACGAGAAAUAAUGGCUGUUCCUCGACUCUCUAUACCACGGCUCGUUGAUCAGUACCGACAGUCAAAGCGCCGGUUGAUGAUUGUCGAUUACGAGGGCACACUGGCCUCAUGGGGGUCCCCUCGUAGUAUUAUUCUCACCACCCCUCAACGUGCUAUCACGGUACUCACGGAGUUGACCGACGACCCAGACAAUGUGGUGUACGUGAUGAGCUCCCGCAUGCCGGAAGAAAUGGAACGGCUCUUCCGUCAAGUCAAUAAUCUCGGGCUUAUCGCUGAGAACGGCUGCUUUGUUCGUGAUCCCCAGUCCGAUGAAUGGGCUCGCAUUGUAAGCAAGGCUCAUAUCCAGACGUGGAAGAAGUCUGUAUCCAAUAUUCUGGCCUAUUUCAAAGACCGAACUGAGGGCAGCUGGGUCGAGGAGCUUCAUUGCUCGCUUGUCUUCCACUAUGGGUCUGCAGAAAACCAUCCCGGCGCAGGACGUCUUGCUGCUGAAUGUGCAGAUCAUAUCAAUGAUGCUUGCUCUAGUUACGGUGUACAUGCCGUCCCAGUCGAAGGUGCUCUCAUUGUGGAGACUAUGAGCGUUACCAAAGCAUCAGCCACAGAGCAGGUCUGGAAAUGGUGCUUGAAAGCUGCUGAAGAAUUAGAAGAAACUGUGAAGCCUGAUUUCUUGCUUGUUAUGGGAGACAACCGAGAAGACGAGCCCGUCUUCCGCUGGGCCAAUGAGUUGCAGAACAACAAUGAUGUUGAUUACUCCAUGACGGUCACCUUGGGAUCACGAAGCACCGAGGCCAAGGCGACUUUAACGCAGGGAGUGACAGGUGUCCUUGCUUGUUUACAGCAACUUCCUACUACAUCGAAGCCCGCGGUACAGUAA